AAGUGGCUACGGCGGAAGGACCCGCAGCCUGGGAGCUCCAUGGACGUCGCCAUAAAGUACAUUCUGGGCCGAGAAAAGGAGCGGUCGGCGGAGGCGGCUGCUACACCCCCUCCGCCCGCCAGCAGCAGCACCAGCAGCGGCCCCAGCACCACCACCAGCCAGGCCGCUGCUUCCACCGUGCUGCCGCCCCGCAAGCCGACCGCUCCCAAUUUCUCGGCCCUUGUGCGGGGGCGUCCGAUGGGCCCCAGGGAGCUGCAGGCCCAGAUCAGGAAACUGAUUAACCCACCAGCACGGCCUGCAGCUCCAGCGGUGUCUUCCCUCAGAGACCAGCGCCCCUCGGUUCCGCCGCCCCCCACCACAGAGGUGACGGACGAGGAGCUGGUCCGGAUGGUCACUGACGUAGAAAUGGGUAACUGACACCACACUGGACGCGUGACACUGUAACAUCUGCCUUGGCUAUCUAUUCUUGAGUCAGUAUGUUUGCAUUAACUGUAACUUUUUCAUUUGCUGGUCGCUAAAGCUGAUGCCUGAAGGAUAAAGGUAGGUUUAUCAGGUGAUGUAGCCGUCUUUGUAGAUGGUAGACGCGCCGACGACCUCGUGGCGUCUCCGUGGAGGAGACGCCAUGCGGGGAGGUCACCCUGGCACCGGAGCCGAAGAAGAAGAGGAGGAAGACGACGACGACGGGCGACAUGGAGCAGCCGGCAACGCCCACUCCUGCUCUGGCUGAGGUACAGACACACACCCGUCGUACUCACAGACACACGACUCGGUGGAGACGACCGUCAGACUGCGUACGCAGCAGCGCUCGGCCUCCUCACGGUGUGUUUGUCUGUGUUGUCUUCGUCCUCCUCACGGUGUGUUUGUCUGUGUUGUCUUCGUCCUCCUCACAGACCCGGUUGCCUGAGGGCUGGCGGACAGCCCUCACCGGGGAAGAGCAGGAGUGGAUCGGCCGGGCGCUGUUCCAGCAGACCAGCGGGGGGUCCCUCAAGCUCACCACGGACCUCAAGCUGUGGUGGGACCCCCCCCAGCCCCGGCUGAACUACACUCAGCCACCCGCCUCGGCGGCUACCUUCUUCGCGUGUCGGUUGUUCCUCUGGGCGCCCCUGCACAUGUGGGGUCCCCGGCCGACAUGCUGCCAGAAACAUCUCACCAAGUGUGGGAUGUACAAGACCAUCCGGAAGGUCUUGGACAUCGACGGCUGGUACUUGAUGGCCACCGAGUACCUGGAGUGCCGUCGGUGUCGGAGGAAGGUAGCCGCCUGGUCGCAGGAGGUCGUGAGGCAGCUGGGAGAGGGGCAUCGCGCCCUCUUCCCGGCGAUCCUCACCUACAAGCAAGUAGCUGUCUGAAAACUGUCGGUGUGUCUGCGUGUGGCUCUUCUGUAACACGUGCGCUCCCCUGUAGGCUUGCCUGCGACCGGCGGGUCAUCAUCCAGCUGCGUGAGCGUACUCGGGGGAACAGCACCACGCAGCUGCAAAAAAACCUCUGUGAGGCACACACAGAGGCCUGGAUGCGGCGGUCCAUACACUACCUCAGCGUCAUGGAGCCCUUCACGUCGACGGGUGUCGUGCGCCAGUGCACCCCACCGCCGAAACCAUCGCCAGACGUGCCGCAGUACGGCUGGCUGUUGGUGGUGUACUGCCACGACAUCCUGUCUCGCCUGGAGGACGUGAAGGCCCGGGUCACCUCAGUCUUUGGAUCCAUCCUGAAGAUGGAUUCGACCAAGAAGGUGACCCGGAAGCUCGCCGGUGCCGCCGCCCAUACCGCAGCCUGGGCGACCAACGUGGGCAACGAGCACGGGCAGGUGCUAAUGUCCGUGCUCAGGGCCACCGAGGGGGGUGGCCUGUUGCCCAUGGCCGCGGGGUUAAUGCGGCGGUACCGGGACGCUGGGGUAGCGCAGCCUCGCGUCCUCUAUGUCGACCGGGACUGCUGUUCGUCCCACGGGGGGUCCAAGGCAGCUGCUGCGUUCCAGGAGUGGGACAAGCUGGUGGUCCGGUUGGACAUUUGGCACCUGAUGCGACGCUACGCAUCAGGUGUCACAACCGAGAGCCACCAGCUGUACAAGCCCUUCCUGCAGCAGCUGUCUGCCAGUAUCUUCCUGUGGGACCCAGAGGACACAGCCCGGUUGCUCAACGCCAAGAGGAGGACGCUAGAGGCGCAGGGGAUGACCUUCUCGUCCGACGCCGGAGUGUGGAGGCACGUCAGCCGCAGGGAGAUGGCUCUCCAUUGCCGUCGCCGCACGCGUGGAGCUGCGGCGACCGAGCGGCUGAUCGAUGACCUCCUGCAAACCUUCGGCGGUGCCAACGGGCGAGACACCUACCGAGGAGGACGACGAGCUCGCCGAAGGCCGGCAGGAGUUGGAGGACCUCACCCUCCACGUGCCUGGCGAGUUCACCGCUCCUCGGACGGACCCGCGGUCAGGGCAUCCAGCUGACGCACCCGCGCCCGAGCCAUCCCGUCCGACCGCUCCCCCCGAGCCCCGCUCCCCCGGCCGGUCCUCGCCAGAGCCUCAGCAGGCCGCUGAGGUGAGUGCGACUCGCUCGAUCAAACGCUGAGCUCUGUGGCGUCCGUUUCACUUGUUUUCCGUGUCAGCGUGUGUUCGCAGGAGUAUCGAGGACCAGACAACCAGCCAGGGUACCUGGCCGUGGUCCGCUUGGCCAUGGCCUUAGUGGGGCUGCGCCACGAACAUGCCCUGUCCGAGGGGAGGGUAGACGAGCUCAUCGGCCUUUACGAGGACCUGUCCCCGUUAGACAGGGCCCGAGUAGUUUACCCUCCCCGCUACCCGGACGGGGCAGCUUGGGGGGGACGAUUCAUGGCAGCAAAGACAGGCCGCACCAGUAUCCCUGGUGCGGCUUGUUGUGGUGAAGCUUGGGGAGCUGAGGGCAACAAGGCCCACUUGCUCGAUGGUGUCUUGGUUGGAUCUACCCCGCUCAACCCCCAAGUGCUCUCCAUUGGCCCCUCCCCCACCUUCUCCAGGACCAGUUGCCGCUGGAUUUCUGGCUUCCUCCCCAUCCACACCAGCCAUCCAUCCAGUCUACUACUCCUGCAUGUCAUGCAGUGCACUGGAGAAGAGAGUGGAAGGGUUGGAGUUAUUAGUAAGUCAUCUGCAGGCCGCGGUGUCCCUACAGCUUGAUAGCAGCACUGGAACAGCACAGGCCACCUCUUCAGCCACCCCCAGCCCUGGAAACACACACAGCCAUGACACGGAGACCCCGCCCACACCAAGGUCACUUGUGUGCGCAGUGACACUGAGCACACAGCCCGAACCCGCCGUACCCUUUUCAAUGCAAUUGUUCUUGCAAGAGGACCUCCACAGUUUGUUCUAUGACCAACACAUGUCACCCACAUCCACUGACGCAUUUAAUGCAUACUUAACUGAUCCAAUAGGCUAACUUGUGUUCCAU